AUGGACGGAGCUGAGAGGAUCAUCCAGCGUCUGCUGCUGGAGGCCAAAGCUUACAGGGACCGGUCAUCUUUCCUGAACCUCCAUGACUCUCCUACCGUGUCAGGUACGCAUCCUUUGGAUUAUCCCCUGCAGGCUUCUUAUGAGCGGAGUGUCCCCACACUCCCAGUAGUGGGCGCUGUGCACACAGUGCCACUUCCCCUGCAGAUAUUGGACCAUUUUGACCCCAUGCAAAACCCUGAUUGCAUGAUGGGGGUGUUCCCUGAGAUCAGCCAGGCUUGGCUGGUCAUUAACAGUCAUUUCUUCCUCUGGAAUUUCCAGAAUGGAAGAAAUCUUAUUUCUUUUGAUGGACUCAGGGACAGUAUACUGUGUGCUGGACUAGUAAGACCUAAAGAAGGUCUCCUCCAGCCACACAUUGCUUAUCUCCUAGUCAUUGCCACUCCUGUCAAAGUGGUUAUGCUGGGAGUCACCGUGACCAGUCUACAGACUGGAGACCUCCAUAACAGGACCACCGAGGAAAUCCAGCUACUGACAGAGCCCAUGUAUUCAGCUGCCGCAGAUGAUAUGUACAUCUCUGUGACCGGCACACACAAUGGGCGCGUCUUUCUGUCAGGCCACUCUGGAUCCUUGUAUGAAGUGGUCUACCAGGCUAAAGCCGGCUGGCUUAGCCCCAACAGCUGGAUCAUAAACCAUUCUAAGAGCAUGGUCUCUGUGCUUCUCACAUCCAUGCGCUUAACCAAAUGCGACCCCAUUGCUCAGGUUGCUGUUGAUAACAGCCGCAACAUCUUGUAUACCUUCUCUGAGAAUGGGGUGCUACAGGUUUAUGACUUGGGACAAGAUGGUAAUGGGAUAAGAAAAGUGACAUCAAUAUCCCAGGAUACCAUCGUCUCAUCUGCUACAGACAUUGCCAAGAUGUCGGAUGAUUCGGCAUUCAAGCCCAUUGUACGGAUUGCAGUCAUUGAGGAAUCAAAAUCUGCAGUUUGUCACUUAGUGGCUGUUACUCGUGCCGGUGUCCGCCUCUACUUCACCACUGCACCAUUACAGCAGCCCACAGCCCAGCCCUGCGGGUUGACCUUGGUGCAUGUUCGCAUGCCUCCUGGAUUUACAUCCUCUGCCUCAGUGGAAAAGCCAUCAAAUGUCCAUAAAGUGCUUUACAGCGAUGGUGUUUUCCUGAUGGCAGCUUCUACCGAUGAUGACCGUAAUCUUUUAUGGUGCAUUAACCAUGACCCCAAGCGAUUUCAGUUGUCACCAAUGGAAACGCAUUCUAAAGUGCCCAUGGCCGGUUAUUCCUGCGCACUUGCAUCUUUUACUGACUCUUCUACAACGAUGGAAAGACGCACAUUUCCAGCCAAGAAAUUUGUUGUGCUCUCUGCUUAUGGAAGCCAUAUUUUCUCUAUGGUCACACCAGUGGAGCAGCUUCAACAUCUUGCCUGCACUUAUGAAGAUGGUGGUGAACAGAACAUUGAGCAAUUCUUCAAACUGUACCAACGAGAUCAGGCUUGUGCAGUUACUUUACAGCUUGCUUGUUCUACUUUUUCCUCUGAACAGAAGCUGUCUGUCUGGGCUACACAGGCAUUUUUCAGUUAUGGAGGAAUAGCACCGGUGAAAAUGAACCCUUCACUUGCUGCUCACAAUAACAUCAGGGCAAUUUUUUAUUCCUCUAUACCUGUUGGGCCACCCUUGCACACUGGUAACCAUGCACUAAAUCUGAGUUUCCUGGCUUCACUUGGUCAACCUUGCUAUUUGCCAGUGAUUAUUUUUUCUGCAGGACACAAUGGUAUCUACAUCCACUUUACCAGAAUUAUUCAGAGCAUCUGGGAUAAAGAACUUACAGUUGAGAGGAAAUUCAAGGUGGAGAACUGCGAUGUCACUGAAAUUCAUAGCAGAGUCUCCAGUCAACUUCUGAAAUCUGUUCUACAGGACCUUGGAGUUUUACAAGAGUUUCUGGAUAGGAACUUUCAGUUUGGAACAGGCUCCCUCCAAGACAUCAGAUGCAGAUAUAAAAGCACAAUCCCUCAUGGCAACAGGGUAACCACUGGCACAAGGCAGAAGCUAAAGAACAUUGGAGAUGAUCAAGAACUACAUGACAAGCCCCAGUCAGCAGAGAUAACUUCAAUUCAAGAACUUCACCAGCUGGUCAGACAGUCUAUUCAAAUCUUAGCACUUUGGAAUCUGCUCUGUGGGAGCCACUUUCACCAGGUGGUGUCUGAGCUUCACACGGCAAAUCUACAAAGGUCCCUUCAAGCUCAGAACAAGCAUGAUAAAGACCAAAUGCUGCGAGUGUCACUGCAGGAGUACAAGAAAGUAUGUCACCUGAUUGACUUGGCGAACAUUUGUGGCCAGUACAGACAAGAACAUUUUUAUGAAGGUGUAGUGGAUCUCUGCCUGACAUCUGCUGAGAAAAAGGACCCAGCAGGACUUGGAUUGCUCUUUCUGAAGAACGGUAAGCCCAAAGGGGACGCAGCAGGAUUGCAAGCAACUGAAGAUAGGAUGUUCUGCUACAAAAUCAUCCUUGAUUCACUGCAAGAGGUGGUCAACCAAAUGAAAUCUCCUCCACCUACAGCACCCCUGAAGCUAGACCCUGGACAUGAUUUGAAACAAAUACUGAUAGUGUCUCAGCGUUCUUCAGAUAAAUUCUUCCAAAUAGUCCUAUUCAACUGGCUUAUACAUGCUGAUCUCACAGACAUCCUGGUAGAGAUGAAAUCACCUUUUCUGGAGGCUCAUUUGCUGCAUAUAUCUAACCGCCGUGAAAACCAAGUGGACACCAUGAAUUUAUUAUAUCGCUACUAUCAGAAGAAUGGAAACCACAUCAGUGCAGCCAGGGUGAUGGCGAGACUUGCAGUCAUUGACAACACCGCUGUGACUCUUAAAAGAAGGAUUGAAUACUUAUCUAGAGCCAUCUUGAGUGCCAAAGCCACCAACAGCAUGGAUGUACCCGCUCAAGAUAAAGAAUUCAUCCAUGAACUUGAAGACUACUUGGAUGUCGCUAAAAUACAGCUUGAAAUCCAGGGGACCUUAAGCAGCCAAUUCUCACAUCUUUCCUCAACACAGAAGUCUGUGGCACAGCUCGAUUCAGAAAUAAUGGACCUUACAGAGCUCUAUGAAAAAUUUGCACACCCAUUCCAACUUUCCGAGUGCAAGCUUAAAAUCAUUCAAUAUGCAGAAUGUUUUUCUGAUGUCUCCUUGGUGAAGAAUAUAUGGAAAGAAAUCAUACAAAGAGAAUUGAAGGACAGCGUAAAGAUGGCUGCUGCUGACAGGAUGCAAAUGCUGAGCCUGAAGCUGAUUUCACUGGGCAAGAUCUUCUCCAGCACCCCCAGGUGCUUUCCGGUCAGGUUUUUGGUGAAUUACCUGGAACAACAAGUCUGCACCUUGGAUUGGCCUGCGGGAUUUGUAACAAAGACAAUGCUGGAAAUGACUGUGCCUCUUCCCAGAUUAUUUGCUGUAUACAAUGACCUGUUUAGAUAUAGGAAUGACUUUUGGACUGAGAUGAAGAACUCUUUACAUCUGGCAGAAUGUAUUCAUGGACUGCUAUCUGGAUAUGUCAAUGGAAUUAUUACAGUUCCAGUCCUUGAAAGGCAUCAGUUUAACACCACCUGUGUGAGUGCCAUCUCUUCAUAUCUGGUAGAGCUUCAGUCCAUGGACCCCACACCUGCAGUGAAGACAUCCUUGUGGAAUUUCAAACAUUUAAAGACCGGAUUGGAACAAUUACUGUAA